AUGGCGACAGGAUUGCUGAACCAGGGCGGCUACUCGCCCAAUCUGAACGAGAUCCACGACACUCUGAUUGAAAUCGCGUACAAGGCCGGAGACAUCAUCAACGGCGCCCUCCCCACCACCGGAGCGACAGGGUCCAAGAAGAACAGCGCGGACCUCGUCACCGAGUAUGACCGGGCUGUUGAAGAAAUGGUCUCGAGCGCAUUGAAAGAGAAAUAUCCAACGUAUCAGUUCCACGGAGAAGAGAGCUACGACCCAUCUCGCCCGCUGACCGACGACCCAACCUUCAUCAUUGAUCCGAUCGACGGCACCGUCAAUUUCGUGCACGCAUUUCCCCACGCCUGCAUCUCUCUCGGUUUCGCCAUCAAACGCACCCCAGUCGUGGGUGUCGUGUUCAACCCCUCCAGCGGCACACUGUAUUCCGCCAUCCGUGGCCAAGGCGCCUUUCGGAACCGCACACAACGCCUCCCACUGAAAGGCAGCGAUAUCGAGCCGUUGAGCGGGCUACAGAAUGCCCUGGUCAGUAUCGAAUGGGGCUCGGAUAGGAAGGGCCGGAACUGGGAAACAAAGGUGCGGACGUUCGAGAAACUCGGCCAGGAUAAAGAGAGCGGCGGGGCCAUGGUCCGUUCGAUGCGCAGCCUCGGCUCUGCGGCGCUCAACCUUUGCGGCGUUGCGGAAGGUACCCUUGACCUGUACUGGGAGGGAGGCUGCUGGGCCUGGGAUGUGUGUGCUGGCUGGGUGAUCCUGACCGAGGCUGGUGGUGUCAUCGUCGAUGGUAACCCAGGAGGUUGGGAGCCCGCCGUGGAUGGAAGGGUGUAUCUUGCAGUUAGAGCAUCCCCAGGCAAUGCCGGCCAGAAGGAAAUCAUCGAAGAAUUCUGGGGAUAUGUUCAAGGACGGUUGGAAUAUUAA